GUCUACUCUGAAGUUAUAUCAUAACAAAUGUCUUUUAUUUUUAUUAUAAUAAAUAUUAUUUGUAUAUAUAAUUAUAUUUUAAGAUGUUUAAAUCAACUAGUACCAUAUGUGGAUGUAAAAAUAUAAAAUAUUUUAAACUGUUGUCAACCCAGGCUGAAGUCAAUUGCCAAAUAAUAUCAGAUUUAAUAGGUGUUUCAAGAAAGGAAGCACUAAUGUGUGUUGAAAAAAAUAAAUUGCAGAACAAAGAUGGAGAGUUUUUAAUUCAGAGUAUAAAUUUUUGUAAAAGUUUAGGUUACUCAGAGUUUGAUAUCUUAAAAGUGCCCAACUUAUUGACAAUUUAUCCUAUUGAGCUUGAACAACAUUAUUAUUCGCUUAAAGAGGGAGGAUUUCAUGAUAUAACACCACAAGUUUUAUCCAAGGCCAGAACAUAUAUGAAAAGAAUUGUUCACUACUUGAAAUCUAUAAAAUUAAUACCUUUAACUGUAGAUGUACAAGAAAACUUAUGUUCUUCUAUAGAAGAUACUAGUAUUUCUUCUAGAAUACCAAAAAUAAUGCACAGUGAAGAACAAAAAUGGACUGAUAUUCAUUUACAUACUUUGAAAACAUUCUUAAUGUUGAGAUUAGACAUAACUAAAGAGGAAGUUGAGAAUCUCUUUCGUGUUCACAAAAUGAUAAGAAACAAAAGUUUUAAAGUAAUACAACAAAACAUUAGAUUAGCCGAAGAGUUAGGCAUUGGACCCAAAAAAAUUAUAAAGUAUGGAUAUUUGCUUAGUAACUAUCCGACUUAUCCAGAAACAACUCUUCGUGAUUUAUCAAAUUUAGCCGGAAUGGACAUGAAAAUAGAGAUGAGGAGGUAUCCAAAAUUAAUUACGUCUUCUCCAAAAAAUAUUAUAAAAAUUUAUGGUAUCUUAAAGGAAUUUGAUAUACCAGAUGAGACAAUAAGGAAACGACCGAAUGUUUUCCAGCUGUCGCCCGAAACCGUAAAACUUAGACUUCAGGAAAUCGAAAGACACCCCGAUCUUAAAGUUUUACUAACUCACCCAAAUGUGCUUUCCUUAAUAAUUCAUCAUAAUAGAGCUAAAACUAGACUAUCAUUUUUACAUCAAAUGCAGUUACGAUGCGUUCCAUUGACAAUUUUAAAAAGUGAUGUCGACGAUGCUUUCGAGGAAUAUGUAAAGGAAGGUAAGGACAUAAAUAAGCAAAGUGAUUUAUUUCAAUAUUUGAGGAAGCUGUUUUCGGUUUCUAUGAAAGAAGUAAAAACGAAGAUACAACGCCAUCCUUUUUACCUACAAGUACCGCUGAUAGACAUGCAGGAAACUUACGAUUAUUUGAAAUCUGAAAAGUUUUCUAAAGAACAUAUAUACAACGUUUUAUACAUUAUUCUCUAUCCGAAAAGUAAAGUCCAAAGCGCACAUGCUACGAUAAAAUACGAUCUAAACUACAAGUACAAAUCAUUGAGUCAGGUUAAAAAAUUAAAUCUGAUGUUAUAUCUGAUAGAAAAAGAACAUCACUUUACAGGAAAUGGAAUAUGGACGCAUGGCAAAAAAAAUGAAUCUGCGGAAAAGAGUACAAAUACAGAAUAGC